CGGAGUGUGUGUGUUUGUGUGUGUGUGUGCGUGCGCAGGGGCGCGCGCGCGGGCGCGCGAGCGAGCCCAGGAAGAAGCUCCCGGGCGAGUCUGUCCUCGCGGCCCAGGCCGCUCCCCCCGCGCCCCUAUGUGAGGGUAUCGGGGAGGCUAGCGGCGCGCAGGGGAGGGCGAGGCAUGUGCACGGGCCGGAGGGUGCUGCAGCCGCCCGAGGAAGAGGAGGACGGUGGCGGCGGCGAGGAGGAGAGCGGGGUGCUCGCUGCUGCGGGCCCGGGCCCUGGGGAUGCAGCGGACUGUGUGUGUCUGGCUGUAGCUGACGCGAGGCGGCGAGGAGGCGCCGGAGACCCGCGUGAGGAGCGACCAGGAGGCGGCGGCGGCCGCGAGAAGUAGCAGCAGGAACAGCAGCGGCGGCGGAGACGGCAGCCUUGAAAUGCAUUUUCUUUUCCAGCGGCCAUGUUAACCAGGAAACCUUCGGCCGCCGCUCCUGCCGCCUACCCGACUGGCCGAGGAGGGGACAUCGCCGUUCGUCAGCUUCAGGCUUCCCCGGGGCUUGGUGCAGGGGCCCCCCGGAGCGGAGUGGGGACCGGCCCGCCCUCCCCCAUCGCCCUGCCGCCUCUCCGGGCCAGCAACGCUGCCGCCGCAGUCCACACGAUUGGCGGCAGUAAGCACACAAUGAAUGAUCACCUGCACGUGAGCAGCCACAGCCACGGACAGAUCCAGGUUCAGCAGCUGUUUGAGGAUAACAGUAACAAACGGACAGUGCUCACGACACAACCAAAUGGGCUUACAACAGUGGGUAAAACGGGAUUGCCAGUGGUGCCAGAGCGGCAGCUGGAGAGUAUUCAUAGACGGCAGGGGAGCUCUACCUCUCUGAAGUCUAUGGAAGGCAUGGGGAAGGUGAAAGCCGCUCCCAUGACGCCUGAACAAGCAAUGAAGCAAUACAUGCAAAAACUAACCACCUUUGAACACCAUGAGAUUUUCAGCUACCCUGAAAUUUAUUUCCUGGGUCCAAAUGCAAAGAAACGCCAAGGCAUGACAGGUGGGCCGAACAAUGGCGGCUAUGAUGAUGACCAAGGAUCGUAUGUGCAGGUGCCCCACGAUCAUGUGGCUUACAGGUAUGAGGUCCUGAAGGUCAUUGGGAAGGGAAGCUUUGGCCAGGUGGUCAAGGCCUACGACCAUAAAGUCCACCAGCACGUGGCCCUCAAGAUGGUGCGGAAUGAGAAACGCUUCCACCGGCAGGCAGCGGAGGAGAUCCGAAUCCUGGAACACCUGCGGAAGCAGGAUAAGGACAACACCAUGAACGUCAUCCACAUGCUGGAGAAUUUCACCUUCCGCAACCACAUCUGCAUGACGUUUGAGCUGCUGAGCAUGAACCUCUAUGAACUCAUCAAGAAGAAUAAAUUCCAGGGCUUUAGCCUGCCUUUGGUUCGCAAGUUUGCCCACUCGAUUCUGCAGUGCUUGGAUGCGUUGCACAAAAACAGAAUAAUUCACUGUGACCUUAAGCCCGAGAACAUUUUAUUAAAGCAGCAGGGUAGAAGCGGUAUUAAAGUCAUUGAUUUUGGCUCCAGUUGUUACGAGCAUCAGCGCGUCUACACGUACAUUCAGUCGCGUUUCUACCGGGCCCCGGAAGUGAUCCUGGGUUCUAGGUACGGAAUGCCCAUUGAUAUGUGGAGCCUAGGCUGCAUUUUAGCAGAGCUCCUGACAGGUUAUCCCCUCUUGCCUGGGGAGGAUGAAGGGGACCAGCUGGCCUGUAUGAUUGAACUGUUGGGCAUGCCCUCCCAGAAACUGCUAGAUACAUCCAAACGAGCCAAAAAUUUUGUGAGCUCCAAGGGUUAUCCCCGUUACUGCUCAGUCACGACUCUGUCUGAUGGCUCCGUGGUUCUCAACGGAGGCCGUUCUAGGAGGGGGAAACUGAGGGGCCCACCUGAGAGCAGAGAGUGGGGGAAUGCACUGAAGGGGUGUGAUGAUCCCCUUUUCCUUGACUUCUUAAAACAGUGUUUAGAAUGGGAUCCUACGGCUCGCAUGACCCCUGGCCAGGCUUUACGGCAUCCCUGGUUAAGGAGGCGGCUGCCGAAGCCUCCAACCGGGGAGAAGACUGCAGUGAAACGGAUAACCGAGAGCACUGGUGCUAUCACAUCUAUUUCCAAGUUACCUCCACCUUCCAGCUCAGCUUCCAAACUAAGGACUAAUUUGGCACAAAUGACAGAUGCCAAUGGGAAUAUUCAGCAGAGGACAGUGUUGCCAAAACUUGUUAGCUGAGCUCCAAUCCCCUGAUGCUGGUAAUCUGAAAGAUAUUGCUGAGCCUUACUGGGUUGAAAAGGAGAAGCUGAGACCUGUUUUUAUUUGCUCAAUAAUUUUACUUAUUUGUAUCUUUUCAGCACUUAUUUUAAUGUAAGGAAGUUGUUCAUUUUGUUUUUAUAAAAUACAUGGGGACAAUGCUUUAAGUUUUUAUACUUUCUGAAACUUUGUGUGUUCUAAAAGUACGAUGAGCCUUACUGUAUUUAGUGUGGCAGAGUAAUAAACAUCAGUGGCAGGCCAUUGAUUACUUCAUGACUGCCACAUAUUUACAGACUGGUGUCAGAGACAUUCACUAUGUUUUUAUGGUGCAUAUAAUAUUCUCCCCAAGGUGAUUGCCCAUGAAGGCCUGCUCCCCCCUCCAUUUGCCAGGUGCAUGCACAGGUGUAGCAUAUCCUGUUUUCACGUUCACUACGUUAUCUGGGUGGUAGUGGUGGUGGAAGGAGAAUGGUCAUAUGAAAAUGAUAUUCUAAGAAAAUCUGCACCUUAGAGUUUUUUUUUUUUCUAAAUUAUGUUCGAAUGCAAAACAUAAGUCCCCAAGGUUUAAAUUGCCCUGUUAGCAUUCUGACAUUCUAAAAUAGCAGACUGGGUGAUGAAUGGAAAUGGAAAUAUGUGUGUUCCUCCAGAUUGUCUAACAUGAUCAGUGAGCGGCUUUGUAAAGAAGCCUCAGAUUACAAAAUUUCUUUUUGCACCUAAAUUCAGAACUGUAUUCCAUGAUCUGUUUCUCCCUUCUUGGCUUUUCUUCUCUUUGCUCCUCUUUUACUUCACAUCUGUUGCUUGCAUUUAGUUUGUCUUCUUUCUUCAAAUAUAUGUCCCAGACUGUUAAUACAGAAAAGAGACAUUUCUCCUGUGAUUAUAACCAUCGUUUCAUAUUCCAGUUUUAAAAAAUACAGCAGCCUAGCUACUUAAGGUGGGAAUUUCCAUAGUUACAAAGAAGGUUUAGCAGAUUAGAGUGAGUUCACGCUAUUAAGGUGCCACUGUAAGGUUCUCAGAGCCUGGGAACAUAUCACCUCUUUCUUUAAUGAGAGGACUAUAAAUUCUCUUGGUUAGCAGAAGUCACUAUGGCUGUUCAAUAAGUCCUAUUUUAACAACACUUUUAAAAGAGGGAAAGUUCAACCUCAAGUUAAAUGGUUUGACUUAUUCUUUACAUCUUCAGAAGAACCACAGAAAUUGCAUUCCUCUAUUUUAAUUUCUUUUGGAUUGCACUGAUUGUUUUUGUGGAGAUGACACUUUACCUGUUAAAGUGACUUUGAGAGUUAGGUAAAAGAAUAUUUUCUUCUUUGAAAAAUAAUUAUUUUCACAGUGAAAAUUUCAGUAUUUUAUCACUAAUGUAUGAACAGUGAUAUAUAUCAGUUUCAAGGCACGUGGAAAUUUUCUUUUAGUAUGUGCAAUUUAAUAUAGAAGGGUAUCUGCCUGUUUUGGACAAUAGGUUUGGGGUGGUGUAAGAUAGGAUAAAUAAUCUUUUUUAUGCACAGAUAUUAUUGUAUUGCCCGUAGAUUGAUUUAUAAGUACUUAAAGCAUGGUCCCCAGUGAGGCCAAGAAAGUUUCCGGUUAAGUUCUUUUAAUGUUAAUCCCACUGUUUUCCUUUAAAAAAAAAAGUGGUUUUGAACAAAACACUUGACAUAUUGUGAGGCUUUGUCGGUAGAUGGUGGAGAAAAAUGCUCAGGAAAUAUUACAGAUAUUUGCCAAAAACAGUAAUAAGAUUAGCUUAUUAGUAAGAUAGUGAUGUUGAUAUUUGCUUUACUAUUUAAGGAUGUCACAGAUAAAUUAAUUUGUACUUCUUCUGUAUUUAAAAAUUAUAUCUUCUUUCCCCUAGUCAAAAUGAAUUCUUUAGCAUAUUAUACACAUAUAUAUGUAAUCUGUGGAAGUGCAAUAAUGUUAGUAAGUUGCAUUUUAAAUGAUGCUCAUGUGAUGAUACCCCCAAUCAGUGGCUUAUAGAAUUUAAAUAUCUGUGUAUUUAUUAUUAAAUUUUUGGCUUAAUGGCAUAAGACAUGUCAGACGGUAUGGUGGCUUUGUAAAAACCACCAGCCUCUUAAUGAUGGUUAACGUCUUUAGAUCAUUGAAACAAUUAAAAACAUACGAAGACUAAUUUCCCCUUCCAGUGCUCCUCUUUCAUUUCAACUCUCAUUUUCCCAUUUAGGUUAAAAUAUAUGAACCUAAGCCUGCCGUUUUUGUUAAUUUCUCUAUAAAAUGAUUAUACGUGUGAAAACUUGCAUAUGGGCUAAUUAAUACUGCUUGUCUUUUUUCCCCACCACACAACAUUGGUUCUUAAGAUGCCAACAAUGCAUUUGUGGCUGUCUCCAUUCACAAAUGCAGCUAGAAACUUCUAGGCCAAACUGUAAUGUGCAGCAGUAUGGGGCUUUUCUUUUGCCCAAAUACAGUGAAAUUUCCUUUAUUCUUCACAAGAGCCACCACGUUUCAGCAUUUAGUGAUAGAGCUGCUUCAUUAAAAAAAAAAAAUAUAUAUAUAUAUAUAGUUUAAU